UUAAUAUAAAAUCUAACUACUAUAAUUCAGAACACUCGGUGCUCUCUCUAUUAUUGCUACUGUCAAAUAAGGCGCGUUCCUGGGGUCGCUGACCGCCCACGCGACGAUCAUCAAUGACUUCGGUUGGCCGGCGCUUAAUGGACAGCGCUAGUUAGUGUCCGCGGCUAAUUUUCUCCCCCAGCGCUCCCCCGAUCUGAUACCGAUUCCCAUCCAUCCCUAAAGAAUACCCUCCGAGCCUCGACUGCGCGUUGCUCGAGCCGAAUCUCCGUCCUCUUCCCAUAAAUCAGUAUCGAAUACACCGAUCCCGCCCGAAGAUAGAGUCCAGCAGGGAGUAAGGGUUCAAGACAGACCACAAAAAAAAAGCCAACAUGCGGCCACUCACGUUCCUCGCGAACGUGUUCAAGAACCCGAUCUCCGCUCCGUCAAGACCGGCGGUGGUUGUCGGACGAGUAUGUGAUACUGCGACGAAUAUCCUGAGGAAAACGACGGGCCAGACCACUGCUGCUGUGGUGGGUUUGAGACCAUUCUCAUCGACGAGCUCGUUGGCAAAGAGGGAUAAGGGAAUGGCUCCGAAGACUGAUAGGCGAGUUACUUUAAUCCGCUACUUCCUCUGGCACCCUCUCACGCCUCGUCCUCUCCGCUUCUCUCGAACCCGCUACCUCCGCCACUGGACGAUCCACCGCGCCUGGAACCUCUACCAAGCCCAGCUCCGUCAGAAGCGCCAGCUCGAGCUCCAGCGACAAUGGCAGGCCAUGCAGGCGGCGUGCGAGGAGCUGCGGACUGGCGCCGGGGAUGGCGGAAAGCUGUUCCGCGUGUCGAUGAAUAAGAGGGGUGUGUUUACGGAUAUGUUUCCCAUUGAGUAUGGACGGAUGCAGACGGAGGGGCCGAGUAAGGAUGGGUGGAAUCAUGAGUGGAAGAGGGCGUGAGUUCGGCCUGUGUUGGGGAUUGGAGAUGGGAAAAGAAAUCGAAAAGGCGAAAAUCUAUGAUCGGAGAGACUGCCGUGUCGAGGUCGUAUCGUUAUCAUGAUGAUAAAUGGUGAUGGAAAGAGAGAGUCUUGUCAAAGCUACGCAGAAUCGUGGCCGCCUUCUCAGAAGAGAAAGAUGCGUAUUAUAUGUAACUGUACAAUACCUACGUUGUUUCCGUGUUCCUAUUUUUUUUUUACGAUUUUUAUUUCCAAAACAUAUGUUUAUCAAUAUUGGCUCCUGUUGGAAAGUCAUUCUGAGUGCAUUACUGGUAUCUGAGUGUCUUAUCACAUCCCGGACGAAUUACGACC